UGCAUCUCUCAUCUGAAAUCAAUUCUCAUUACUAAAAAAAACUGAGUUCUCUACAGUAAGUCUGCUCGUCAUCCGGUCAGCUCUUCCGGCACCGAUCUCGAUUCGCCGUUGAUCUCGGCCGUCUGAAGGAGAAUUGCAUCCAAUCAUGACAACCGAAUAUGACUACUUGUUCAAACUUCUUUUAAUCGGAGAUUCAGGCGUUGGAAAGUCAUGCCUUCUUCUGAGAUUUGCUGAUGAUUCAUACUUGGACAGUUACAUCAGUACAAUUGGUGUCGACUUUAAAAUACGCACAGUGGAGCAAGAUGGAAAGACAAUCAAACUUCAGAUUUGGGAUACUGCUGGACAAGAACGCUUCAGAACAAUUACUAGUAGCUACUACCGCGGGGCACAUGGCAUUAUAAUAGUGUACGAUGUGACUGACCAAGAAAGCUUCAACAAUGUGAAGCAAUGGUUAAACGAAAUUGAUCGCUAUGCUAGUGAAAGUGUAAACAAGCUUCUAGUUGGAAAUAAGUGUGACUUGGCUGAUAACAGAGCUAUCUCAUAUGAUACAGCUAAGGCUUUUGCUGAUGAAAUUGGCAUUCCGUUCAUGGAGACCAGUGCAAAAAAUGCCACUAAUGUUGAACAGGCUUUCAUGGCAAUGGCUGCUGACAUUAAGACUAGGAUGGCAAGUCAGCCAUCGAACAAUGCAAGGCCUCCCACCGUGCAGAUUCAUGGACAACCCGUCGGCCAGAAGAGUGGCUGCUGCUCUUCUUAGUUGGCUGUUGUGGCUUUUGCGGGAUUAUGUUUCGCCAGCUAACGAUUAGCACUUCGACCCAGCAAUUUAUAUUUAGUUCAAUUCUUUUAAAUCUAUAUGAUUUCUAAGUGUCCUGUACAAAUUAUGAGCGGUUGCUCACCAAUCGUAUACGUUUGUUAUUUUUCUCCUAUUUCACGUAGCUUUGUCCGCAGGUAACACUGUCAUAGCUAUCUGUUGACUGCUAGUCUCUCAGCACAUCUGGAAACAAUUAUGUAAUGUCUUGAUUCGUGUUUACAUUAAAAUUCAGACAAGCUUGUAAUAAAAUGCUAGAAUUAUUAUAGUGCUUUUUGUGGUAAA